CUUUGAUACACAAGGUGUCUAGUUAAGGCGAUUUGAUUACUGACCCAUUCCCUGGGUUUGUGUCACUUCUUCUAGAUGCGUUCCGUCGUGGACAGGAGCGCUUCUGCGCUUCAGCGCGGUCAGGCGCGGCGAGUGCCCUGCAAGGUCCGUGCUUCUGAAUCAACAGGCGUUGAUGCGCAGCCCUCUACCUCUGGCGCAGCGAGCAGCACCGGUCGCCUCUUGAUUGAUCGGCGGCAACUUUUGACAGGCGCAGCAGCUUCAGUUGUCACGUUUGUGGGAUGCCCUUGCCCUAUUUGCAAACCUGGGGAGGCAAAAGCUGCGAGCUGGAGCUACGGUGAAGUUGCUGGCCCGCCGGCUUGGAAGGGCGUUUGUGCUACCGGCAAGCGGCAGUCGCCAAUCAACAUCCCGGUCAACACUUCUGCGCCCAAAGUCGACGCUGAGAUGGGCGAUUUCGAUUUUGCUUAUGGUAGUUUUGAGAAGUGCGAUGUCCUGAACACGGGGCACGGAACUAUGCAGGUGAACUUUCCCGGCGGCAACCUGGCCUACGUUGGGGACAUGGAGCUCGAGCUGCUUCAAUUCCACUUCCAUGCGCCCUCCGAGCACGCCAUGGAUGGACGGCGCUACGCCAUGGAGGCUCACCUUGUGCACAAGAACAAGAGCACGGGCAACCUAGCUGUGCUGGGCAUCAUGCUGGAGCCGGGUGGCUUGAUUAAGAACCCCGCGCUGCAGACCGCUCUGGAUGUGGCGCCUGAGACGCCCCUUGCCAAGAAGUCCUCACCCAAGGGCAUCAACCCCAUCAUGCUGCUGCCCAAGAAGGCCAAGGACGGCUCCAGAUCGUUUGUGCAUUAUGCUGGCUCGCUGACGACACCGCCAUGCUCCGAGGGGGUGGACUGGUUCGUGUUCAUGAACCCCAUCAAGGUGCCGGAUAGCCAGAUUCUGGAGUUCAUGCGGUUUGUUGGCGACAAGAAGACCUACGCCACUAACACGCGGCCUCUGCAGCUGCUGAACAGCCGGGUCGUGGAGUACGAGCUGUAAGUGCUCUCCGGCAUCUCCGUCGUGCGUCGGUCGGCGGCAUGUCGUACGCACAGCAAGAGCGACGGCGGCAGGGUAGCGACGGGAGCAGAACGAUUUUGUCGUUGCUUAUCGUGUUUUGCAUUUUUUGAGGCUGGCGCUAGCGCCGGCUCGCACGGCCGCCGAGUUCGUUUUCACAAGUUUGGACUCGGCCGCACGACGCUCAGUUCCUGCCGCUCGUGAGAUUCCGAGUAUAGAGAGACUCGAACGCGAGCAGUGAGACACGGACGCACUGCAUUUUUGUGUUGGUGAUGCUGCAAAUAUCUGCACAAGGGACGAGUUGAUGUGGAUGCAUGAAGAAGAGUGAAAGGGUAGGUGAGGGAGAGGGCACAGAGGGAUUGAGAGCGAUGCAUGCUGAGGACGAUCUGGGUUUUCAGUAUUGAAGCACCAUUAUUAGUUGAAGAGUCGUCUUGUAGAGAGUGGGACGAGUGUGCAUGUGUUGAGUGGAAGCCCGGUGGGUUCCGCCCGGGACCUCUUGGAGCCGAUGGACAGCGAAGUCACUAUUUUGGAGUGAUCCGUCUUCUACCAGUGCUUAACACCCCGGCGGUCGUGUUCCACCACCAGACUUCCUGACGCGGCCACGGGGUUGCAAGGCUGCCCUCGGGCACACAUGGUAGCGUACUCGUACUUGGUAGCGAUAUUUGGUUAUUGUGCUUGUGCUUGUACUGUGGUAGUUGUGAAAGUAAUGGUGGUGCCGCUUCCUGCCAGUGCUGUUUUUAUUUGCUUCUCCUUCUUCGCCGUGAUGGUGCUCUGUAUGAGUAGAUACAGUGCGGGUUCGAGUGCAGGACUCCAGAUUGGUAAUGGUCACACGGGGGCCAAGGGGGAUAACCUUUUUCAUUAGUAGAGGUCCUGGUCGGCGGUUGCGGCGGAGGCCGAAGGUGCUGUGCUGCGUUACAGUUGUUUCGUCGUGAAAACUGGAGAGACAGUGUGCGGUAGAUGCUGGCCCCGACCGCUCUGCCUGCGUUUGUCGUCCUGCCUAGGCGUGCCUCCCAGCAAGGCGGUCCACGCUUUUUUUAUUCUUUUCUACUGAAGUGGUUGAAGGAAAUGUUUGCGUGUCCGUGUACGCGCAGCUCAUGGUCCUGUACAGUGCUGGAGAGGGGGGCUGGCCCCUAGCGGUACGCUUGAUAAUUAUUAAAAAAUAUUGUCUUUG